AUGGGCGUCUAUACCAAAUUGGCCGAUGAUGUUCAGGAGGUGGAUGUGAUCAUUGCCGGCGGUAAGUCUCAUCGCCUUCUAUUGGUGGUACGGCGGCAUGUGGCUGAGGCCGAUCCCAAGCUGUCGAUCCUCCUCAUCGAGGGCGGCCCGAACAACUAUAAUGUGCUAAACAUUGUUUACCCGUCCCGUGGCUGGUCUGCGGAUGAGCUUUGGCCGUACCUCAAGAAGCUGAAGAACUACCAUGGUCAGGGCGAGAAAGCCUAUCACGGCUAUGACGGCCCCGUGCAUGUUUCUGGCAGCACAUUCCGCGCGCGGGGUUCUCAGGACGAUUUCAUCAGCGCCGCGGCCCAGGACGGCAAGCGACAAGACACUGUGCAUAAGUACCUACACGAGAAGCUCCGCUCUGGAAACUUCCCCAACUUACAUGUGCUGGUGGAGUCAAAAGUCGUGCGUGUGCUAUUCGAUGACGACAAGCGGGCUGUCGGUGUGGAAUACACACCUAACCCGGACUUGCAACCCACUCUGGCAACUCCUCAACAACCCAAGCUUAUAGUAAGAGCAAGAAAGCAGGUUACUUUGUCCUGUGGCGCGUGUAGCACACCACCAGUGCUUGAGAGAUCUGGUCUAGGUGACCCUGAGGUAUUGAAGAAGGUUGGCGUCUCUGUUAUUGUAGAUCUGCCCGGAGUCGGGCCCGCCUGGAACCGGGACUUUAAAAACGCCCUUGACAGGCCUCUGAUGCUUAUGGGUGUUGUGUCAUGCUUCUUAGGCGACCCGUCAUCUGUCCCAGAGGCACAGUACAUCACAAUAGGAAACUAUACGGCGUACCCCUACUUGCGUAAACACAUGCACAUCACCGGGCCAGAGCUCAGCGAUCCCCUAGACUUCGAUGUUGGUUUCUUCUCGGACGCACACGACAUCGACUUGAAGAAGCAGAUUUGGGCGUACAAGAAGCAGCGCGAGAUCAUGCGCCGCACGUCUAUGUAUCGUGGCGAGCUUGCACCUGGUCACCUAGCUUUCCCCGCUGGGUUUGAGGUCGUAUGUAUCAAGGCCGAUACACCGCUCUCCAAUGUAAAGGACCUCAAGUACUCGCCUGAGGAUGAUGCGGCCACUGGGAAGUGGCUGCGAGAGAAUAUAGGUACCACCUGGCACUCGCUAGGCACCGCGAAGAUAGCUCCUCGCCAGGAGUUUGGCGUCGUGGAUGAGUCUCUGAAUGUGUGGGGCACAAAGGGGCUUAAGAUUGCGGACUUGAGUAUCCCGCCUAUGAAUGUAGGUGCCAACACGAAUAACACUGCUAUUGUAGUGGGCGAGAAGGCGGCAGCUAUCCUUAUUCAGGAGCUGGGUCUCCAGAAGUAG